AUGGACUCGAUCCUCAUUGCGGGCCUCGCGGUUGCUACUUUUUUGUCGUAUAAACUGCUCUCCAAGUCCUCUGAUAAUGCCUUGCUUCCUCUGCCGCCUGGACCGCCGCGAGAUCCGGUUAUCGGCAGUGCACGCUAUUUCCCGACCGAGCGCAUCGGCGAAAACCUGUACAAAUGGCAGAAACAAUACGGCAACCUCGUCUGCGCGACGCUGCCCACUUCAGCAAUGAUUCUUGUUUACUCGAAUGAUAUCGCGCAAGAACUCCUGAGCAAGCGCCCAAACACGACUUCUAAUAGGUCUAUUGGCUAUUACAUUACCGAUAUGAUGGGCUGGAAAUGGUCACCCGCCUUUGCCCAACCAAACCCACACUAUGCAAACCAGCGCAAAAUGCUCAGAAGAGGCAUCGGUCCUCAGCGCAUUGCGACUCAUAACCUUGUCAUCGAACGCCAGACAAACGCUCUUCUUCUCAAGCUUUCUACUUUCCAGGGUUAUGUACCGCCUGUUAUUAUGAAUGCUAUGGGCCAUCUUGUCAUUGAAGUCACAUACGGCACCGAAAUUGAACACCAUCUCGGUAAUCAGCUAUCUACCCUGAAUCAAGAGGCAAUGGAAAUCAUCCUCAAAGCCUUUUAUAAACUCCAUCUCGUCGACGUCUUUCAUUUUUUGCGCUUUAUCCCAAGUUGGAUGCCAGGCGCUGGAUUCAAACGUAUCGCCCAACGCUCCCAGUGGCUGUCAAACUACCUUCGCUACGAAACCUUUGCGAAAGUGAAAGAGCUCUAUAACGCCGGCAAGCUCGGUCCAUCGCUCGCCACUGACCUCCUCGACGAGUUUGGGACGGACGAUUCAGAUGUGAUGGACGCACUGGCAGUGCUUUACAUCGAUUACAACGAUAACCAAUCACAGACGACUGCGGCCAUUGUCGCUUUCCUUCAUGCUCUCUAUCUGUUCCCAACCGUUGCGACCAAAGUUUACGACGAGAUCAAGGCAGUCACGCUCGACGGCCAGCGGCUAUUGACCGUUCCAGAUCGACAACAUCUUCCUUACACUGAAGCCGUGUGGAAAGAGAGUAUGCGCUGGAAUCCAUUCAUACUCAUGGGUGUCCCACACGUCAAUAUUCAGGACGAAUAUAUACAAGGCUAUAGGAUUCCAAAGGGAUCCAUGAUCCUUCAACACACUGGCUUCAUGCUCACCGACCCAACCAUCUGGAGGGACCCAGACGUCUUUAGGCCCGAAAGGUUCCUUACAGACGAGAACGCGAGCGAGUUACCCAAUCCAUUGGGGAUCAUUUUUGGCUAUGGGAUGCGGUAUGUCUGUCCCAUAGAUGCAUGGGAUGACUAUUAA